CUGCCUUGGCCGGUCAUGAGUGCUGUUGUCCUCGAUACUUUACCGAACUCUCGCCAUCGCCUUGACUUGGAAGAGGGAGACCCGGCAUGCUCGGUAGAUAGCAUCACUGGAAAAUCGACCUUAAAGCCGUCUCAUCCUGUAACUGAUGAAGAAUCCCAUAUAACAUAUGACGACGAGUGCAUUUAUGGCGAAGCACAACCAAUACAACAAAAAAAAACUAUACACAGGGUUUUGGUGCGAGUAGCGAUAUUCAUCACCAUCGCCUUAGCAUCACUUGGACUUUGUCUUGUACUAGCCCACGAAACCUUGGAUAUUGAGAUCCCACGGACGCUCUCUGAACUGAAAGAGUCGGCCAUUCAUCUUGAGCAGGUUGCACAAGAAACUUCGACGGGAUACAUGCAUGUCACCUUUGUCUUUGCCGUGUUAUAUCUAUGGCAGCAAGCUUUCUCCAUUCCCGGUUCCAUUCUUUUGAAUUUAUUAGCCGGUUAUCUCUAUGGAGCAGCCAUGGGCGGUUUGUGGACAAGCGCUUUGACGGCAGGAGGCGCCACUCUAGCAUAUUUGCUAGCUUAUCUUAUUUGUGAACCCUUUAUGGAUUUGACGUGGGUUGUCAAUAAGAUGGAUGUGAUUCGUACGCAAGUCAAUGUAAACAAAAAGAACGGCGGGCUUUUUUGGUGGCUAUUAUUCGCCAGACUAUUCCCUUUCACACCCUACUGGUUUAUGAACAUGGCAGCGCCUAUGUUGGAAAUUCCUGCAAUUCCGUUUUUCGUGUCGACUUUCUUUGGCUCUCUACCUUAUAAUUUUGUAUCAUGUCAGGCGGGAGAAGUCAUCGGACAGAUUAAUACAACAGCCGAUAUUUUCACAUUUUCCAUGAUCAUCAAGAUGGCUAUUGUCUCCAUCAUCUCACUUAUACCGGUCGUAUUUGGUUCAAGGAUCAAAAAGUACAUGAACAAUCGAGCUACCCGCAAGGAAGGCAGUAUCAACUUACAACAGUAUGAUCCCAUCCCAGUGCUACCAGUCUAAAUUUGGAAAUUCCCGGACAUACUCGUCACUUUCAUCCAGCAAGCCAGUAUCUUCGUCUUUCUGUAAAUACUUAUACAACUUUAAUUCGUGUAUGAACUUUAGAAAUGUAAUGACUUCCCCGCAAUUAAUCAACCAUCUUACCCUACUUUACUGCAAAUAAUACAUCAACCUAUAUUGCAGAACAUAAAGUACUGCCUUGCUUUCGCCGUUCUCGGCGCUUCACGUUUGUUGAUAUGUUACUGGACGCCUAAAAUCUGAUAUCGUUCAAUGAAGUAUUGCUGUGUUUCCGCUGUGAAUUGGGCUGAACACUGACUGAAGCAAAGUAAAAGUUAAAAUCCUGGAUCCGGAAACUGCGGGCAAGGAUGGCCCGAGAAAAAUAGCGCCUGGGAAAUGGG